CCUAAAGCACGCGACUAAAUCAGCGCCGGUCGAGACUAAGCCCAAAGUCGUCCAACCUAUACCAUAUAGUCAGUCCUAUCCACAGAGUGGCUCAAAUCAUCCAUUUCGAACAUCAAUUCAUCACAACACCUCAACAAUCACUCCGCCCACUUCCGGCCAAUCGAAAAAAAAAUAGUCCAAACUUAAAUCCACGCCAUGGAAUCCUCUAGCGCAGCAGCCUGGACUACCCAAAUGGACCGCAUCACGGUCCUGGAACAGGACAGGUCUCUACUUAACUUGAUGACCAUCAUCCGGGACGUGAAUACCAAUGAUCGGGACUUUUCCGCUGCUGUGGAGAAGGUUGUGCGCCGAUUGAUUACGGCCGCAUUGGGUCACGUCCCCGCAGAAGAAUACACUGUUACUACCCCGAUCAACAAACCCUACACCGGAAUCCGGUUCACGAAGGGUGUUUGCGGUGUCAGUAUUCUCCGCGCCGGUGCCUGUAUGGAACAGGCGCUGCGGGAUACUUGGACUGGACCUCUUAGUUUCGGUAAGCUGCUCAUCCAGCGCGAUGAGGAGACUAGCAUCGCCAAAAUUUAUUACUCGAAGUUGCCGGCGGGGAUUACGGAUGAUAUCGUCCUGCUCCUGGAACCCAUGCUCGCGACCGGCGGAUCUGUGAUCAAAGCUGUUGAGAACUUGACGAGCAAUGGUGUUCCUGAGGAAUCUAUUGUUCUUGUUAAUGUGGUGUCGUCGCAGAAGGGACUGGAUGUUGUCUCUGGCAGAUUUCCGGGUCUGAAGGUUGUUGCUGCGGCGGUGGAUGCGGAGUUGACUGCUCAGAACUACAUCAGUCCUGGCUUGGGAGAUUUCGGUGAUAGGUACUAUGGAACGACUCAUUAAGGGUAGAUUUGGGUUCGCUAUAGGGUUUAGGCUGUCUAUUGAGGUGUACAGGUGACGGGUUGAUUCUUAGAAUCCCGG